GGCGCUAACUUAUAACUCAAGUAUACAGUUUACAAAGCAAGGCUCAUCGUCUCUUCCUGCACCGGUGCGAUAUGAAUUCCAGAUUGAGAAGACUAACAAAACAAGAAGGCUUUGAAAAAAGGUCUGCUUUUUCAUAUUUUUCACAUUUUAGACAAAGAAAGUUUUUUACUAGUUUCAUUAAAUAUUUUUGAAUAAUUUAAACUGUGCACACGUUGAUUCAUCUUGCAUGAUUCUUCAUAAACACUUUGACCAGUAAACAGCAGCUUUAUCAGCAAUUAUCUGAAUCAAGUCUCGACCAGUAGGACCUCCACUCUUCUGCUGUGCAGCAUGUGGAUCAUUGACAACAGUCCAAUUGGAUCAUUUAAACAGCCCCCCCACCCCUCCACCACAUCUGACAGGCCUCUCGGGAGCCGUGCCCCCUCCCCUCACACCAUCUGCUCACGUGACUCCCACAAUCCUCCUCAGCAUCAUGGCAGCCAUCUUGGUCAACACCCUCCCUCUUGCAGUGUGUGCAACCAAUCCAAUGAUUGCAAGCAAGGGCUGUGAGGGAGGGAGAGAGUGAGAGAGAAAGAGACAUCUCUGAUUGUAGCUCCACUGAAUCUCACGCAGCAUCUCAGUCCUCUGGCUGUGCAGAGCCAGACCAGAGAGCAGGCGAGCCUUUAUUCACACAGUGGAUUUUUAGCUGUCGUUGCUCAUUCAGAGGACAAGGCUAUUCAGCAAAAGAAGAAUAACUUCCCUUCUGUCAGGUUUGCUGUGGACUGCUCUCUUUCUUGCUUCCUUCUUUGUUUUCCUUUUUCCUGCCUCAUUUGUACCAGAGUAGACUCAGUUGGACUGGAUUUUUGUGUUAUUAUUAUUUCAUUUCUUUGUUGGUGUUUCACACUGCGCCUGACUCUUCGCUGAGGGCUGCCGUUGGAAGUGUUGUUGUCAUCGCAGCUAUCAGCUGAGUCACCAUGUCUGAUCUGACGCCCCAGAGUGAUGCCCCCACCCCCACAACAGACAAGAUCACGCAGGCUGCCAGAGAGACCAUCUACCUAUGCAACUUUCGCGUGUCGGUGGAUGGGGAAUGGCUGUGCCUGCGCGAGCUGAACGACAUCUCGCUCACGCCGGAUCCCGAGCCUGCUCAUGAAGAUCCUAAGGAUCCCAUUGCCAUCGAGAGGCUGAACCUGAUGAAUAUGGCCAAGCUGAGCAUUAAGGGCUUGAUUGAGUCUGCACUAAACCUGGGCCGCACACUGGACUCAGACUAUGCCCCACUGCAGCAGUUCUUUGUCGUCAUGGAGCACUGCCUGAAACACGGACUUAAAAGUAAGAAGACAUUCCUUGGUCAAAACAAGUCUUUCUGGGGUCCUUUGGAGCUGGUUGAAAAGUUGACUCCAGAGGCCGGUGAGAUCACAGCCAGUGUCAAAGACCUUCCUGGGCUAAAAACCCCAUUAGGAAGAGGCAGAGCAUGGCUUCGCCUGGCCUUGAUGCAGAAGAAGCUCUCAGACUACAUGAAGACCAUCAUCAACAGAAAAGACCUGCUCAGUGAAUUCUAUGAGCCCAAUGCUCUAAUGAUGGAGGAGGAAGGAGCAGUGAUUGCUGGGCUGUUGGUCGGGCUCAAUGUCAUUGAUGCUAACUUGUGUAUGAAAGGAGAAGAUUUAGACUCACAGGUUGGAGUUAUAGAUUUUUCCAUGUACCUGAAAGACGGAGCCCACAGCAGCAAAAGUACAGAGGGUGAUGGACAGAUCACAGCUAUUCUCGACCAAAAAAAUUAUGUUGAGGAACUAAACAGACAUUUAAGUGCGUCAGUGAAUAACCUGCAAGCCAAAGUGGACGCAAUGGAAAAGUCCAACACAAAACUUACAGAGGAGCUUGCCGUCGCAAACAACAGGAUCAUCACUCUACAGGAGGAACUGGAGAGAGUGAAGGAGGAAAGCACUUACUUUGUGGAGUCCAGUCGCAAGGCCUCAAGGGGAGAUGGUACUGCAAAUGGUCAAGUUCUUGGAGAAACUCGCAAACAGCUCAAAGAGGAGACUCAGCUCAGGCUGGAUGUAGAGAAGGAGCUGGAGGUACAGAUAGGGAUGAAGCAGGAGAUGGAGUUAUCCAUGAAGAUGCUGGAGAAAGACAUUUGUGAAAAACAUGAUGCUCUGGUGGAACUGAGACGGCAGUUAGAUGACCUGCGCACAAUCAACCAUGAGCUUUCUGUCAAGUCACAGAGCUCAGAGGUCAGUGCAAAACAGAAGAGUGACAUCAUCUGCCGCUUGGAGGAGAAAUCAAACCAGAUGGCGAGCAUUAUUAAACAACUGGAGGGCAGUGAGAAAGACAUGGCUAAACAGGCACGAAGCUUAAACACAAAUGCUGGAAAACUCCUUCAGAGGCCGCAAUAAAAUGAUCGCAAACACCAGAUAUUUUCCAAAAAUGCCUAAAUAAAAAAAAUCUGAUCUUCAGUUUGAUUUUGCAUAACAUAGAUUACUAGGGUAUUUAUUUUACUGCUGGGUUUCAGAUCAGUUGCCGUAAUUUUGUCUUAUAGACUGAAAACUACGGAUUUUGCUUCUGUGUUCCCCCAGCAUCAUCUCUCAAUAUUGCACUCCUGAUUCAGUACUGCUGUCUCUAAUAUUCUCUAGUCUCCCUGUGUGUGUUUUAGCAGAAGUAAAAUGCAGCUGUUUUGGCUAAUCAUAGAACUGGCCGUUGCCCAAAUCAAGUGGUGACCAUCUUAGAUUGCUUUGUGUCAGAUAGGUACAUUUUAAGUGAUGGCAGUGCAUCUCUAUUAUAUCUCUACUUCUCAAUACUGAAAAAAAAAAAAAGCAGAAUUUUGCUCAAAGCUGGUGCUUUAGAAAAAAAUAUAAACCAGUUCAGUACAGCACGGGGAUACAUUCCUAACAAAAACGUACAAUCGUUUUAUAUUUGAAUGAAUGCAACACCAUAUUAUUAGGUUAAUUUGUUAUCUCUCUUUAACCAUGUUAGAAAUAAAAAUUUUGGACCUAAAUAUUUGACCAACUUGUUUCCACAAAGGAAAGUUCACCCAAAAAUGAAAAAUCUGAAAUUAUUUACUCACCAUGUUGUUCCAAAACCAUAUGAAUUUAAUUCUUCUGUAGAACACAAACACAAAUGCACAAGAAGUCAGUCAGUCAUAUGGGUUUGGAAUAAUAUGAGAGUGAGUAAAAGAUGACAGAAUUAAAAUUUUUGGGUGAAUUUCCCUUUAAAUUCCAUGAUGUUGAGUGCUUGGAUGGAUGCCCAAGCUAAACAAACAGUAUGACUUGUGAAAGCAUAUUCAGGAGGUUUUGUUAGCUUGUUUGGUUAGAAAUGAUGUUGAGUGAAAAAUUGCGUGCCUAAAUUAUUCUACAGCUUAAUGAAAACUCAAUUAAACCCUGAAUUGGAUGCAGUGGAACUUGAUGCCAAAUGUCAAAGCUUUGGAAAAAUGUUUGUGAAAUGAAUUUGACACCAAGCUUUACAGAUUUUACAAAAGUCUGGACGAUGAAAUCAUCUAAAUUGUGAAUGGGCCGAAUUGUAUAUAGACAUAAUAUAGAUGUUAACUGUAGAACAAACAUAGCAUAAUAAAAAACAAAUCAGACACUU